AUGCAAAGUGUAGACGUAUAGCAAUUGUUAUAGCCUUCAGAAUAUUCUGUAAUAGCAGCAAAGAAGACUGUAUACAGACCUAGAUCAUCUUAUUAAAAUGGCCCAAGAAAUAAUACAUUAACAAAGAUAAAUAAAAUGGACUUAUCAGCUGCAGAUGAUUACAAAACUCCAGAAAAAGUCAAUAAAAGACUUGUUUUGAAGCACUUUGGAGGUACAUCAUAGGAAAGAAUUAGACAACGUAGGGCUAACAGCCAAGUCAAUUAUAAUAUGACUUACAGCGGGUUUUAUCCUCACAAAGAUCAUGCAGCUUUACCACUCAAUUAAUAAAGAGUCGGUAACAGCUCCAACAAAACUCAAGAAAUAAAUCAUAGAUAAGAUAGCCAAUAACCAAGACAAAAGAAUGAAGGACUUAAAAAAGCCAUUAGCUUUGAGAGAAGUUAAACUGCUGGUGAAGGCUAAAAGAGAAAAAGAUCCACGACUUCAUAUUAGAAUCAAAGACCUAACGAUAAUACUUAAUAAGAUUACUAUAACCCUUAAAAUGCUAACGAUACUCUGAAAGGAUUCUAUUCAUCAUAGUAAACUGAUAUUGAUGAUAAUGGAAAUCCUUGCUUUAAAAUUGACUAUUCUUUUUUAGACAACAUUUCAUUAGAUGAUCCUAGACUAUAAAAAAUCCUAAAUGAUGAUGCCUUAAAUUCAAAAUAAUUUGAUUUAGAAUCAAUUAUUGAUGAAAACGCUGAUUACUUUCAUCAUCUUUUUGGAAAUUGUGCUUGUAUUAAAUGUACCUGUGGUAGAUGUAGAUGCUAACAUGGUAGAAUGAAAGUUAUUUAUAGAAAUGGAUUCACUACAAGCUAUGCUUAACAUUUCCCUGAAAAGAAAAAGAUUGGAGUAACACCUCCUCUUAACUAAACAUUUUAUGAAUCUCUUUCCAGUUUGUAAAGGACUUAAAUAAAUAUUGAUCCAUCUCAUUUGACUACACAUAAGAGAGAUUAUAUAGGUCAUGAACCCUAACCUAGAGAAAAAAAAUCAGAUUUUAAUUACACAAAAACUCCUUUUAUGGCCAGCAGUCAUUAUAAAACUAACUUCUUAGAUUGGAAAGAUUACGACCCAUCUUAUGUAUUCAAAAGACCUGUUCAUAAUAGUGUAGCAACUGACUGUCCAAUGAGAACAAAAACAACAUACAACGAUAAUUUUUUGAAUAAAGACAAAAUUUAAAAUGCUACAGCUGAUGAUGUAAAGAGAUUGCAAAAAAAUUAAACUCUUCCUAACUCCUAUUAAGAUGAUAAGCCAACUGAAUACAAUAAAUCAUUUUAAAAUUUCAAUCCAAAAGAAGUUCCAAAUACUAAGUUACCUUUUAAAUACAUCAGUGAAACAGAGAAAUUUUAAUCUGUGCCUCCUUGGAAAACUCAAUAUAAAACUAUUAAUCAGAAUGACUUUAAAAAUCCUAAAGUAGACAUUUGCCCAACUUCUCAAAAUGGAAUGACAAAACCAUGGAAACUUAAAUUAAUAUAAAAAUUAAAGCAACUUGGGUUAGGGGAAACUUCUAAUACAAAUAUUUCUCAAAAUUCAAAGAUAACUAAAAGACUGGCAAAAACAACAACUCUUCCUCAUAGAUAUUGA